AAGAAGAAAAUAUAUUCUAGUUAUGACCACGUGAUAAAAUGGAUUCUAACAAUGAAGACACAGUAUGCAAAUGAUUCUUUUUUCUUCGAAAAAAAAAACAACAUCUGUACAAAACGAUACCUGCGAGCUGGAAUGUAAUUGACUAGGAUGUGAUUUUAUUAAUAUUGACUAAGUUGACUUCCUGUAUGUUGCCGACGAGGACGAGUUGAUUUCCAAUGCCUCAUCAUUUAUUUAUUUCUUAUCGAUUGCUGCACAAGGUAGACGGCUUACGCAGAUGCAACGAUAUACACAGUAAUAAUUCACCGUGAUUUCAAUUCAAAAAUCGAGAAAUUUAAAAGUAAAUUCUGAAUUCAAAAAAAAAAUCUCGAUGAAGCAGCGUAAAAAGCAGGGGGUGGGUCGAUCUAAGGAUCAAAGAGGAAACCACAAUGGAAUUAUGGGUCUGCCAGAUUCACAAUUUGGAUAUCGAAAAUCCGGAAGAAAUUGUGAAAGUUCCAUUAAGAGAGAACAGAGGUUAGAGUCGGAUUUAUUCCCAAGAUAUUCCGAAUGGAUUGUUUUUCUGAUAACUUUGAUCUUGAGAAUUUACUACGUUUGUCAAAAGCACAAUUGGUGGAUCUUACAUCCUGACGAAAUAUUUCAAUCAAUGGAAGUUGCCUUUUCCGAGGUACAUGGUUAUGGUUUCCGACCUUAUGAAUUCCUCCCUCCAGCCACUGGACCAAACGUGACGUCAGCAAGAUCACAGGAGAGGAUGCUGGGAAUGUAUGCUCUGAGGUCAUUUAUUUACCCCAGAAUCCUGGCAGGUGUUGGCAGUAUUGUCCGUGUGCUUGGCUAUCAUGGAAGUCUAUAUGUGAUUUGGAAAAUCUUCCAUGCUGGUGUAACUUCAUGCCUUCCCCUUGCUACUUACUUCUUUUGCAAAAAUCUCACCGGAAGUCGUGAUGUUUCCGUAAUCUCGUGCAUUCUCGUGGCAUCGUCAGCACAUCUUUGGGUGUUUGGAACACAUACUUUUCUUAACUCUUUUCUAUCUCCAUUUGUAUUUAUUGUUCUGGGGUAUCUGAUAUCCUUUUUUAAACAUUUAUCAGAAAAGGACAUUUACAACAAAGAUGAAAAGAAGUGUGUGGACGAAUUCGAAAACAACAAUAACGUCCACGUCAUGCACAACUGCAAUGGAGUUCAUCAUUGUCAAAGCAAAGUGGACCAACCCAACUCUCAAGCUUUGAACAAAGCGGUGACAAGGGAAUUUAGUUUAUGCAAGAUUUUUCUGACGGGGUAUUUUACCGGACUGUUCAUUUACAUGCGCCCAGAUUUAUUAACUCUCUAUUUUUCUAUCUUGUUUCCCUAUAUUCCCUCGCUGUUGCUAAACUUAAAACACAUUAUUUUAAAUUUAGAAGUACAUCUUUAUAUAGUGAGUGGUUUUGCUGGAAUUCUAACUGGUGUUUUAGAGGACUUCUUGUCCUAUGGUAUUUUUGUUGUGACACCCGUACAGUGGGUGUCUUUUAACGUUCUUAACGGAUAUGCAAGACGCAUGUUUGGGGCAAUGCCUACGCUGUUUUAUUUUGAAAUCUUUUUUGAGAAUUUGACAUUGUUAUUUUUAUCAUUGUGUAUUAUAUUUGUUUCAAUUUCUACAAUCAGUAAACAAUCAGAUAUGCUUGUUUUCUUUAGAAAAUGUUUAUUUGCUUUAACUUGUCUUAUUGUAUUAUAUUCCCUUCAAGGUCACAAAGAGGCAAGGUUUUUACAUGAUGCUAUAGUUUUAUUUUACAUUUGCUCGGGUACUUCUCUGUUUAUUUUUGUGCAAAAAGUUUCAAUACACAUUAACUUGUUUAAUAGUAACAUUUACACAGAGCGUAUAUUUCACAGUUUAUUAUUGAUAUGUUUUGUAUCUGGUCAAUACCAAUUAAUGCCGUCUUCACAAGAUAAUUCGAUUAAAAAAUGGACUUACGAAGGGAAAACAGACAGUCAUGACGUCAAUGAAUGCCUGCAUUUCAUUGGUCAACGAGAUGACGUCAAAGGUCUAUUUACUGACAGAGACAUACAUAUGACGGGUGGGUACACGAUUGUAAAUCGAGAUAUUCCAUGGUUUUCGUUAAUCAAUACAGAAUUCAGAGAGUUUUCCAGAGAUAUCCGAUUAACAAUGAAAUCUUUUUAUGGCAUCAGAAAAGUUUCAGUCACAUCAAACGUCUCCAAUUACAUUCAUAUUCACAACACACCCUUUCUUUUAAAGUGCCUCUUAAGACAAAAAGAGUACAAUUACCUUGUAAUGAAAAUAACGCGAGAGUUUAUAAAUCAAGGUUAUAAAGAAGUUUUUAGAUAUGGAACUAUGCGUGUUUUAAAGCGCACAUUUGAUCAAAAGCAAGAGGGAUAUUUGACAACGUUGAGUAAAAGCAUAUCGGACAAUAAAAACUCAACAAUUUUAAAGUAUGAAGGUCAAUGGUUAAUGGCGUAUGGAAGUUAUGAUCUUGCCAGGGAAAAAUUUAAUAGAGCAGCUGAAAUAAAGUCAGAUUCUCAGGUGUACCAAUUUCUUAUUGAACUUCACAGAAGGAUGGGUGAACCCGAAAAUGCAAGAAAGAUAUUCAGAAUCUGCAGACAGGCAUAUAGUGAAACCGUAUGCCUGAAUUCUCCCAAGAAAAUUGCAUUAUUUGAGCAUGAAAAAAUAUCCCUGAAAUGAUUCUGAUGCUUUACUCGGGUAUAUUAAUUUGUAAGUCGUCGAUAAGAAUCGAAAAGGAAGGACUGUUUUGUUUUUGUUUAAAUUAAAUAUUUGUGUUUAGUGACGUAAAGUAUAAUGCAACAGACAC